UCAAGAACGCAUCACUUGGGCCCGCCACAGUACCUGGUAACCUCAGCGCUAACCAAUGCCGCUCAUCGGAAUUACACAAUACAACGAAACUAAGAUUCCGCUCCCCCCUUCAAAACAGUACCUCAAUCUUUCCCACACGAUUGUCCCUUAUCACUUGAUACCUUGCGUUUAGUUUUCUGUUCCCUCCUGCCCCUCCCUGUCCCAUCUAUCCCUCCCUCCCUCUCUCCCACAUCCCUCCCCUCCUCUCCCUGCUACUCUCAUCUCUUUCCGUCUUGCUUAUCGCGGAAGCUGGUUGGUAUCAGUGAGAAGUGACGUCAUAGUGCGUGGCCGAGCAGCGUGGUGCCGAUCAGUCUGGGUUCGACCUCCGUAGUGAGAAGGUGGUGUGUACGGUAGCUCCGCUCCCCCCUCCCUCCCCUCACACUCUUAAGAGAUACUGUGCCACGAGCUCCGACGUCUUAAAGGAAGGGAAUUGUCGGAUGUUGAGAGCAUACAAGCAUCGAACAGUAGAGUGAUCCCUAGCGUCAACAAGAGCCCUACAAAAGCAGCUUCCUGUAGUAAAUGUAGCUCAUAGAUCUUUCACCAAGUGCCCCAUUCUGCUAAAGCUACACACACGUACGGACCUUUUUAAGAUUUAAGUAUCUCCUUCAACGAGUGAUCGAAGUGUAAAUAUCAAAAGUCAUUUUGAGGAAGCCCCGAGGGAGAGAGUUUUCCGGGGGUGUCGAAACUGUUCUUCUCUUGAAGCAAAAUGGAAAAGGAACGCCUUCGUCGACUCAACGGUAGGACCUCCCGGCGGUCCUCGGUAGUGAACAUCAUCAAGAGACCGUGCGGGAUGAGCAAGGCGGCCUUCAGUGGCCUCAAGGUGACGGUCCUGUGGGUCUCGUAUCUCCUGUUGGGCUCCGCCGUCUUUAUUUACCUGGAGGAGACGGAGGAGACCAUCUCGGCCAUCGCCGACCACCAACACUGGGCCAGAUUCAAAGAGCUGGUGUCGGCCGGUGAUGUGGUGCAGGAGCUGUACGCCCUACGGGAGAACCUCCUGGUCCUGUGUCCGCACCCUCUCUUCAACACCAGCAGUAUGUAUACUUGUAAUCACACCUUUAGUCAAAUGGAAAAUGGCACAGACUUCAGCGAACUGGAUAACGCCACUACAGCUUCCCCGCUGUUGGCUGUCUUACAGAGGGUGGAGGCGGGAGGCGCGUGGUGGGAGCAGGUGGAGGAGGAGUGUACAGACAGCCUGCGGAUCAUCCAGGAGGUGACGGAGACCAAGGCCUGGUCCCUGGUGGACGCCAUCUACUUCACCAUGACCGCCGUCACAACCAUAGGUUACGGCCACAUCGCGCCCAUGACGCGGGCGGGAAGGCGCUUCUGUGUACUGUACUCCCUGGUGGGCGUCCCUCUCACCUGCAUCCUCCUGGCCAAGUCCUCCGACAUGCUGUCCAACCGCAUGCUGCAGCUCUAUACCACAGCCAAGAAGCGUCACCAGCGGCACCAGAAGGCGCUGCUGUACGGCAUCACCUUGAUGUUCCUGAGCGUGGGCUUCAUCGUCUUCAUGUUCCUGCCGUCGGUGGUGCUCUCCAAGCUGGAGGACUGGAGCUACGAGGACUCUCUCUACUACACCUUCAUAACCCUCAGCACCAUUGGUUUCGGAGACCUGAUUGCUGGCUAUAAUGCGGACAUACAGUAUCAGGACCUCUACAAAAUGGGAAUUGUUGUAUGGAUUAUGCUGGCUCUCGGCUACUGGUUCCUACUACAUAGUUUCCUGCAAAAGGCUUUAAGAAAGAAUGUUCCUCAAAGAAUCAAGAAAUCAAUUAGAAGGUCCACUAGAAUUACAAGACAAUCGGAGUUCUUCAGGCAACUGGUUGGUAAGUCCCCUUAUCACUUGCGUAUAUCUCCCCCAUCCCAGCUUCGUCCGUCGAAAUUUAGCAGUCUUAGUGAGACCAGGAUUGCUCCCAAUCUUGUUCAUAAGUUAAAAGUAGUAUCCCAGAGAGUUCGUGCAGGUGAGCAGCAAGAUGAACCAGGAACAGACGCUGGCAUGGUGGCCCUUAUGGUGGAGGUGGCAGACGUUCUCGAUUCCAGGAGACCAUCUCGCAAACCCUCUCGCAAGCCAAGUCUCCUGCCCAGUGCCCAAGAAGACACGUGUGAUUCACAAGGAGAGCUGGAGCCUGCCCUCACUUUAUCCCAACUCUUGGACGUCAAUGUAAUUGUCAGGUCAGAGGCUGUCCCAUCAAUCAGAAAUGUCAUUGCCCAGUCUCCAAAUGAACACGAAUUUUCAAAAACCUUAUCUGGUAUCUUAAAUAGAAAUGGCUUUGGUUCAGGUGAGCCAGCCCAUUCACAACAUAUUGUACAGUGUCAGCCUAAAGAAGUUACUCUUUCACUUCGGGAGGUGCUGAACUUGGUUGCUCUUGUUAAAUCAAUUGAGGAUGAAGUGGCAGCACCAGAUAUCAACAGUAGCAGCAGUUCAGUUCGGGAUGACAUAAACUCUCCAUCCAGCUCUCCAACCAACUCUCUUCCUUCAGUUGAUCAAAGGGAGUUUGCACCUCUCCUACAAGGGAACUUCUACAAACCACCAUCAAAGCACAUCAAACUUUGCACACCAAUUCGUCGACUCAGUCAGAAAGAAGAAGAAGUACUCGAGGAAUCUUUACAAGAAGUAUUUUGCAGCUACUCAGAUGCCGAAGAGUCUGAUACAGAAGGGGAUAGAGACAGCCAAGAAGACGACGAAAAAUCAGACGAGCACAUGGCAUGACAACAUUCAGAAGCUGGCAACCACGGCAGCCAGUAAGUGUUUUUCAUCAACAAAUGGGUCUGCUCUUAAAAUUAGCAGGUUCUAGUGAAAUCCUGUAAGUGCUCACUGUUACCUCACCAAGUUGAAUUAUCCUUAGGCAUAUCUGCUCUUCCAUAUUUUUAUUUAUGGUACAAGUAGUUGGAUACAUUCUCUGAGGUAUUGUAGUACAGUACUGCACUUACGCUUCACCACAAAAGUAUAACUUCUGUUGACAGCAGUUGUAGAGGCUGAACGUAGCCUACAUAGUUUUUAUCAUCGGUGCCAUUUUUCCACACGCAUAUCUGGACAUAUGUGUAGUGAGAAUAGUAAUGCUUGUCAGUAAAACAUACUGCAGACAGGAAGUAGCAAUUAGUAAUUCUGUUAACUAUACGGUAUAUCUAAACAGAAAUUUAUGUAUAAUUUUCAGUAUUACUACCUGUAUAACUCCAGCACUAUCACUGAUGUUCUUGUAGCUUUGUAAAUACAAGUGAAUAGUUAGAAAAGGUUUGAUAGUUUGAAGCGAGGCAUAUUUAGUACAAUAACUGCAAAAAGAUAGAUUUUUAAAUUUAUUAAGAUGAUCAUGUAAAUAUAUAUCAUAACUAGCAUGCUCAUAACAAAGUUGCAGUAUUUAUCACUAGGUCACUUGAAAGUGAUCAACAAAAACAAACACACCGGUAAUUUGUUUAAUUCUUAUCUUUUUAAUCAUGAUUUUAUAAUCAUGAUUUGCAAAAUAUAAACUGGCAGGCCGUGGUUGCCCAUAAUUGCUUUAGAUCAGCCAACAAGUCACUCCCAUGUAGCCUCCUUCCUUUCCCCGAUGGCUUAUAUUUAUAUGGUAUUUCCACCUACUAUACAUUAGACUGUACUGUCAUACAUAAUGAGUUAUUCAUUAUAACUUAGUUGCACAAAUAUUCCAGUAGACACAAGUUUGAUUAGCUAAUCUGCAAGGAACCUUUUCAUUCUUUCACAAUUCACACGUUUAACUACCUGUCAUAAAACUGCAGUUUCCAGAACUUUUUAGUUAUAGAAAGUAUGCAAUUUUAUUUAUUUGGGUAGAAUCUUCUAAUUCCAUCAUUUCCCUGAUUUAUCAACUGUUUUCAGAUAUUGAUGUAAAACUUUAUACAUCUGGUUAUUCAAUAAGUUUGUAUAUUAUGGUAUCUGGGAAAGUUGUAACAAGUAGAGUAAUAGAAAUAACAUAGCACCAAUUACUUGAAUAAAUGAGAAUGUCAGUCUUGAUCAAAGCACUUAAGAAACUGUAUUUGCCUUGUGCUUGCGGGGGUUGAGCUCUGGCUCUUUCGGCUCGUCUCUCGACUGUCGAUCGCCUUUUUUUCCCUGCGGCGCGCGUACGUACACACGUACGUACACCCCCCCCCCCAGGAAGCAGCCCAUAGCAGGUGUCUAACUCCCAGGUAUCUUUACUGCUAGGUGAACAGAGGCAUCAGGGUGAAAAACUGCCCAUUUGUUUCGGCCAUCGCCGGGGAU